CCGAUCCAGCAAGUCGGUUUGAGUGUGUGUCGUGCGCUCGCCUGAAAGUUCCGUCCACCGUGUGCAUUGUUCUUGUGUUUUGCGCGGUACAACGCGGGUGCAACUUACAUCCCGAAAGCGUGUGCGUGGGUGCAUCCAUUGUAACGGUGAGCUUCAAUCGCGAAAGUUCAAGUGCUCGAGCGCGCGCGCGCUCGUGUGUGUAAGUGUGUAUGCGCUAGUGUCAAUUAUCGUACUAUAUAAUCCAGCGCCGGGUUGAAAGACCACUUACCCCCAACAAACACUGUAGAAAAUUAAAAAAAAAACAAAAAACAGCAAAACAAUGUCGCCUCUCGGGUUCAACGAUCCGCUGACGGCGAUAGCAUCCGUAGUUACGGGGGUUGCGAUCGUACUGUCACUAAUCAAAUACUACCUCUACCUCACCUGCGGCCACUUUACCUCCACUCGAAAGAUGGAAGGCAAGACGGUGAUCAUUACCGGUGCAAACUCGGGCAUUGGCAAGGAAACUGCCCGUGAUUUGGCUAAACGAGGUGCCCGCAUCAUUAUGGCCUGCCGGAACAUGGAAACGGCGAAGCAGGCGCAAGAUGAGAUAGUGAAGGAAACGGGCAACCAGAACGUAACCGUGCUGAAGCUCGAUCUCAGCUCGCAAAGUUCGGUGCGCGAGUUUGCGGCCGAAGUGGUGCGAACCGAGCGUAAGCUGGACGUACUGAUCCACAAUGCCGGGUUUGCGGAGACGUUCCGGAAGUCAAAGUCCGUCGAUGGUAUCGAGUUCACGAUGGCCACCAACCAUUACGGGCCGUUCCUGUUGACACACCUGUUGAUCGAUCUGCUGAAGCGUACCGGGCCGAGCCGUAUCGUGGUGGUCGCGUCCGAGCUGUACCGUUUCGCAUCGGUCAACCUGGACAAUCUGAACCCGGUGGGUAGCCUGCCCGCGUACCUGUACUACGUGUCGAAGUGUGCCAACAUUAUGUUUACGCGCGAGCUGGCCCGCCGGCUCGAGGGUACGUCCGUGACGGCCAACUGUCUGCAUCCGGGCAUGAUCGAUUCCGGCAUCUGGCGCAACGUACCGUUCCCGCUAACGCUGCCGAUGCGCGUGAUCAAGAGCUUCUUCAAGACGAAUGCCGAGGGUGCGCAAACGUCACUGUAUCUCGCCUGCUCGGAGGAGGUGCAGGGUGUCACCGGGAAGUACUUCAUGGACUGCAAGGAGGCGAACCUGAGCGCGGGCAUUUGCGACAUGGAGAGGGCCCGCAAGCUGUGGGACGAGUCGGCGAAGAUCGUCAAGCUGACUGAGAGUGAUCCCAAAAUCUAAGCCCCAGCCGUGGUUGGAAUCGACGCCGUCCAGACAUUCUCCGUCCGUGCAUGUUGUUCGUCCAUUAAGUGUGUUUUUCUUUUACUCUAGCAUUUAACGUCACAUGAU